UUUGACCUUAGGGAGAUAAUUUGAGCUAUCUUGGUAGGGGACCACUAGAUGAUGCUACAUACCAAAUACCAAAGCCCAAGUCUAUGUGGUUUUGUACAAAAAGAUUUUCAAAGUUUACCCUAUAUUAGCCUAAAUAAACCAAGUGACCCCCGCGCUGGUGCCAUAUGUGACCCUAGGGGAAGUAUUUUAAAAAAAUUUGGUAGGGGACUACUAGAUGACGCAACACACCAGAUAUCAAAGCCCUAGGCCCUGUGGUUUUGGACAAGAAGAUUUUUAAAGAUUUUCUUUUCAGUUGCCAUGGCAACCAUACAAUUCUUUAAACCAUUUUGAAAGGGGGCUGCUAAAAGACCAUUCCUUUGAAGGUUGGUGUAAUUCUACCCUGUGGUUUUCCAGACUUUUUUUAGAAAAUGUUGAUGGAUACACGACACGUGUCACAUGACACACGACCGACAUUGAGAGGUCAAAAAAGCUCACAAUGUGUCUUUAGCUUAGGUGAGCUGAAAAGCUAAGAAAGCAUAUCGCUUCAAACCAGGUUUGACAAGAACAGAUUAGCAAUUUAAAACUUACAGGGCAGACACGUCACAAACUUAAUAUGACCUUGGACUUCUAAGUGUGCCCUUGACUUUGAAGUGAGCCAUCCAAAACUGUGUUCUGCGUGUUUUCUUAGUGGGGUGAAUAACUGUGUCAAGUUUCUUCAAAAUCUUCCAAGGGAUUCAAGAGUACAGACUGAUAGACAGGGAACAAAGGAUUAAAUAAAGGCCAAAGCAAUAUGUAUAUAAUAUGUAAUAUAAAUUUAUUAAGGAUCAUAAAUUUUGUCUUCCAGAACUAAUCAAAAUAAAACUUGCAGGGCUACAGCCAAUUAUACCAGGUUUUUUUCAAAAUUUGAGAUAAAUCUAUUUAUUCAAAAACGAAUAAAUCAGUUUAUGUACUCGGGGUCCUCUAUCUUUCACACUUGCGAAAUAAAAUUUAGUACACUUAACCUACCACACAGUUAUAAUUUAGUACUCUAAACCUUUAGCUUUGUAAGUUUUCUCACGCGUAGCUUUUAUCAUUACACCGUCUAUAAUUUAUGCGAUUACACAAAAAACGUUAAUUUUCUGUAAAAGAAGCUUAUUACGUAGAAAUUCUUCAACAUACAAACGAUGAGUAAAAGGAAACGAACUCCCAAUGAGUCGCCAUCUAUUGAAGAACUUACAGAGCGUCUUGUGCCACAGGUUACAACCGCAGUUAUGAAGUCACUGCAUGAUCUGGGGGUACUUCCUCGACAACAACCCGUCCCUGUUGCUGCUAGUUCACAGACAUCAUCUACGCUUGAUCAUACAACCGGUGUGUCGGUACCUCAUCCCGCCAUCACAUCCACUUCAACCACUGGUAGCUUUGAAGCUUCUAAUGGACCAGGUCCAAGCACUUUCGUAGAUGUUCAUGUGACUGCACCACCGGAGCCUGCAAACCAAUCCAUACAAAAUAUUCAGGGCAGCUGCAUUAUCCCAGCUUCAUCUUCCUCACAGUCUGAUGCCAGUGCCACACACACACAAGAAUUACAGCUAGAUCAAUCUACACGGCAAAUAACCAUUGGGGCAUUUUCUUCGUUGGAUGCAGCAGGUUCGAACACUAAUCUUCCAUCAUUUAAUAACCCUGGCAUAGCUUUAUCUGUGGGAGUCGAUACAAAGUUGAAGGCCAAGAUAUGGGCCGAACAGUUCCUUCCUUUUGCAUCAUUGAUUUCCGCGAAAGAAUCCGGCUCUUUAACAUUCAGGCAAAACCCCGAUGGUUCAAUUGGCCUACAGAAAGCCGAACAAGAAGACAUUAAAUCAAUGGAAGGAUGGCACAAGGCUUUCACCAUAUUUACUGGUAUAUACACGGAACGUCUGCCCCAUGCUGCUCCGUCAUUGAUGAAAUAUUCCUCCACAAUUCAACAACUGGCUAAACAGGCAGGUCCUUAUGCAGCCCUUCAGUACGACAUAUCUUUCCGCAAGCUUAGGGAAACCGAUCCUAACAUGCAUCCUUGGGACUAUCCGAAUGCAGAGCUUUACAACAAAGCCAUGGCUGACAGCCUAAGCUUCCGUUUUCGAUCUCAAAGCAACCAGUCCUUUCGUGCCAAAAGAGCACCUCUACCGUGCCUCAACUACAAUAACAAUGGCCAAUGCUUACGCCGAGUCUGCAGGUUCUCUCACAUCUGUAAGUUAUGCAGGGGAUCACACUCCAAGCGAUACUGUCCCAAGAAGCCUCUCUUCUCCCAACAGUCUGGGCCAUCACCAACCACAGGGCUUUCAUCAGGAUCUUCCAUCCAAAAAACAACCCAAGUCCCAAGCAAAUCAGUUCCAGCUACCAUUACAAGACCACCUAAACCUUAAUACAGCUGUUGUCACUCCAAUAAAACCCAGUACAGUCAAUAUUGUGGAUGCGACCACGUGUCCUCAACGACCAUUUGUCUUUAACGACCACUUUGAAUUCCCCCUGAACAAUUUUACUAUUAAAGUAUUUGUGCUGAACGACUUUUGUCUAACGCGACCAGCGACCGCUGAUUUUCGGCAAAAUUGACUGACCUUUUUUGGUUAAGCGACCGCUAAAAUUUAACUAUGUCCAUAUUAAGUCAUCUUUACAUCAAACACUGCCACCGAUUAAUUAUGAGAAUGUGUUGACACUUAAUUCUCGAUUGCAAAAGGUGAGAAAUGUAAGUAACAGCUGAUGGAAUCCCGCAAUCACUGCAUAAUUAUUAGCGAGAGACCGAUAUGACCAAUCUAACUCGUCGUUGUUUUUAAGAUCCGCCCAUUAUUUCCAAUAAUAACUUGACCUUGAUAAAUAAGGAAAAUCGCAUAUCGUGUUAUACAUGUAUUGUAAGUUAUCCUAGAUGUGUAAUUGAUUAAUCUUGAAUAUGUCUAAACGGAAAGUGUUAACGUUAGAUGAUAGAGCUCGUGUGUUGGAAUUAAGUAAGAACAAAAGUGCUCGUAAAUUGGCUGAAGAAAUGGGCGUAGCAAAAACCCAGAUCGAAAACAUUCUGAAACGGAAAGCAGAAGUGUUGGAGGAUAUUGAAAACAAUGUUUCAGGUGAUCGUAAAUGUGCGAGGAGAGUAACUGUUCACGGGGAUGUAAACAAUUUGGUAAAUGAGUGGUUUAAGAACGUGACUGCUAGGAGAAUGCCUCGUUCUUGAAACGUAAUAACGUUGUGUGAAAUUCAGCUGAUUUUAUUGAAGUAAAACACACACUUUAUUACACUUUAAAGUUCUAUUUAUGUAUGUAAAUAUUUCAUGCAUAUGUUAAUCUUUAUUCUGAAACACUUGCAUAAAAUGAAGAGAAUUUCAAACUAUUAAAUUGAUAUGAAUAACAUGUAUUUUAUCUGCAUCCUUACCCAAUGUGUCUCUUACAUACACCACGUGAAAACCACGUGAAAACUUAAGUCCAGUAUAUUAUGCCCAAUUUCCGUACUUUGUCCUAAGAGACCGUUGUCUUAAGAGACCACUUUUUGCCUGUCCCUUGGGUGGUCUCUUAACACAAGAUU